UGAGCAGGGGAGGAUGGCCCACCCCACCCCUCGCACAGCACGAAGUCUGGUUGAUUUCACGUUUCAUCCCCCUCCUCCCUCCUCCUCCCCCCCCCGUGGUCCCUCCUGCCGACCGGGGGACAGCCCCAUCCAUCCCAGCCUCACUGCGCUGGAACAAGACGCUACUACAGCAGCUCUGCCUCGCUCCAGCUUCCACACACACACACACACACACACAACCGAGGGCUCUUCAGUCGCUGCAGAACAGACAGAAGACCCUGGGUGUAGAGGAGAUGGUGUGUCGCGUCUGAUGCUCCUACAUAUUUUGCCAACCGUCACCAGCGCGAUGCCAAAGCCCGGGACGCUCCGGCUGUGUUGAGACGCGCUGGAUCGAAGGAAGAAGGUGUCACAAACAGGCAGCACACGCAGGACUGAACCACACACUGAAGCUCCACGUUGCGGUCAGCCUGGCAAGGAACAUGAUGUCAGCUCCUGCCAUUUGGCCGGGGGAGGAACAACCAUCCCUGCUGGACCAGGAGGCCUCUCUGUCGAGCCAUGCCUCCGUCUCUGUGCCAUGCACACCAGCCAUUGGUGAACAUCUCAUCCACUGCAGCAGCAACCCGGCCAUCACGCGGCCCCCCCGCAGCAAAUCCAAAGGAGAACUGGUCAUCGUCAUCAACGAGAAACUGAAGAACAGUAACGGAAUACAUCCAGUGUCCGCAGAAUGCACCUCUCCAGUCAUCUCCUCUCCUCCCAGAAGACAACACUCCAUCUCUUACCCGCAUCACGGCAAGACCAGGAAGGGAAGCAGGGCUAGCUCCGUUGGCUACACUGCCUUUUCGCCCAGGCCGUCCAUCUCUCGCCACUCCAGCAUCGCCACCAACCCGCCCUUGGACCGGACCAAGGUGAAGGACUACCUCCUCCUGUCCGUGCUCGCCUGCUUCUGCCCCGUCUGGCCCAUAAACAUUGUGGGAUUUGUCUACUCCAUCAUGUCCAAGAACAGUCUCGAGCAGGGAAACCUGGACGGUGCUGUGCGUCUGGGACGUGUGGCCAAGAUGCUCUCCAUGGUAUCACUAGUAGGAGGGACGCUCAUUAUCAUCGCCUGCAUUGUCAACCUGGCCAUAAAUGUGAAAACCUGAGUUUCAUCCCAGGAUGAAACUGGAUAAGGCAACUGACCGUCUGGCCCCGCACCUGCACCACCAUCUUUACCACCUAGUCAUUACCUGGAUGUGUGACAAAUAUGCACCCAACAUACAGUGCUUACUCAUAUUUCAGUAAUCUAUAGAAAUCCUUUUUACUAAUGGAUGAAAAUAACAUGCAAAUCCUGCUGCUGUAAGUCAGGGUUGGGUUUUUUUUUGGAGGAGGGAGUAGACAGUCAGACUAAUCAGCCCCUUCGUAUUCUGGUCAACACAUUCUUGAAAAGAACUUGAAAGACACAAACUCUACGAGAAUCCCAUCGCCACCCGCAGGACUGACUCAAACAAGUUGGACAAGAGACAAGUGGAGGUGAUUACAAAACAUGAAAAGGGAAAGGGGUGCCUGCCCAACUUCAGCACCACAGGCAAGUCUCAACAUAAUGUCCGCCCAAUCCAUCCUUCACCGCACCGACGACACAGAGUUUCAGCUUGACAUUAAGCCCCCCUCAGAAACGUGAAGAGGCUCUGGGAUUUGUGUUGCAUCGGAAUCACAGGGCAGAAAUUCAUCCACCCCCCCCCCCCCCCCCACGUUCAAUCAUAGUGUGUCCUCUUUUUUCAGUCUCUCCUCUGUGGUUCUCAAGAGUCCUGCCAUACAUCUUUCGUUGGAGAAGUGAGGGUACGGCUGGCGAAAGAGGAUGGAAGAGAGGCUUACCAAGGACUAGCUAUGAUGCUGAAAUGGCAGGGAUUAUGAAAAGUCUUGCUUUGGAGACACUGUCAUCACUGUAAGGAAAAUAUGUGCCAAAAAAAAUUUAGUGGGAAAUUUUUUUGCUUUGUACAGACCCAACUCUGAUGGCAGAACUGUUGUCGAAGAGAGAAACACAGCGUGUUUUUACUCUGCUGCCACUUACUACUGUGUAUUCACUCAACACCACCGAGCACUGUGACCUGAGAGAGGGUGCAUGUCCACAAGAAAACCCCCACUGUAGCAAGAUACUUAAAUAUUCAGUUUUCAGUGAAGCUAAUCGUGCUACGCCAUCUAUAACCUGUCUUUUUGAUAACGUUUUUGUAAAAGAUACUUUUGAAGAGCGGAAGAAGAUUUCUAAUGUGAUGCUCGCCAGUGCUGUGCCGCAGUUGACAGAUGGCGGUGGUAUUGUGUGCAUAUGGGGGCAUCACGAUUUGGUUAACAAAUUAAAUAGCUCGUGAUUGCCGUCAGAGCGGUGGCUCGAGCCUCAAUCUGCAUCCACAGGUCACCUGUACUUUUACACCGGACAGAUGGUGGCGUUUUAUUGCCCCUCGAGAAACUGUUGAGACGCACCUUAUUAUAUGCCCAUUUUGUCGUCAAACAUAGUAGGAAGAUGCACAGUGGCUGUGUGAUAGUAGUAGUAGAUCUGGAAUAUUAUUAUUAUUAUCAUAUCUCCUGUGUAUCCUUAACUAACCUCUAAUAUUUGAUUCUCAUUGUGAUCUAAAACAGGUUUUAAUUAAAAAUUGACACAAUUCUUAAUUAUUUACUCCGCUGAAGAAAGAAAAAUUGAUUACCAACAUUAAAAACAACAACUUCAAUUGGUAACACAAGUUAAUUCAUUUGUUUCAAAUAAAAGUUUUUACCUGUUAACUUUAAGUUGAAAAAACUUGAUUAAUUUAUGUGUUACCGACAAAAAUAUUUUCUUAAGUUGACAAACAAUUCUCUUUUUUCAGCGUGUACAGGAUCGAAUCAUGUACAGAAAUGCCACAGGUUCACACCUGCAGAUCCUUUUCUUUAAAGUUUGCAUUUUCCCCAACUCUCUUAGUAAUUAUUUUGUAAAUUUAAUUGUAAUCAACAGUCGAUGUAUUCUGCAGAUAUUAAUCUCAAUAUUGUGAUAAUUCUCUAGUUCAUAUGAGUUAGCGUUACGUAGUUAUGACCUAACAUCGGCACAGAAACUGUCGCCUAUAGCCUCCUGACAGCCACUGUAAUGCCACCGGGCUUCUAUAAUCUUUGUGGUCACUGGCAUGUUGUGGAUCUUUUAUUAAUGUCUGAUGAAGAUGAACCUGAACAAUUGCAAAGAUAAGUUGGCACUUGGAAUAUUAUUCUUCUGCAGCACAUUCAUAAUAAAGACACAAUGCAUGUAA